AUGUCUCACAACCAAGACGGGCCCAGCCGUAGCAAUGAUAGUAGCUGUAGCCGUGAUAAUCUUCCAAAAAUCUUGGGUAAGGAUUUUGAGGACGACUUGCAGUUCUUACUCCAGGGGGUUUCAGAGUUCCAGGUCCCGUGUGAUUUAACUGCUUCGGAGGUUCUAGUCCAUGGACCGCUAGCAUUUCCCAUUGCGACCACAGAUGAUGGACAGGCGUUCUUGGCAGGAGGCUACUAUGGACAGGGACGAGUGAUUGUGGCUACACAUGAAGGAUUUCUGGGACUUGAGAGCAUGGCUCCAUUUUGGCAAAAUGCCAUUCAUUGGUUGGAUGAAGGCCGCAGAGGGGUUGUUGGUGUCAUGGAUAUAGACGCUGCGAUCAAAGUUCUCACCAAGUCAGAUCUGAAGUGUGAGAAGACAAAAUUCAGGAAAGACCUCAGUGUUUUUGUGUGUGAAGCGUAUAUCAGUGAGCAUUUGGAGGAAAUCAAAAACUUUGUGGCAGAGGGAGGAGGCCUGCUGAUUGGAGGACAUGCCUGGUACUGGGCACAGACACAUGUUGGGCAAAAUCCACUUACAGAAUUCCCAGGAAACAAGAUCUUAAAUCAAAUGGGAUUGAGCCUGUUGGGCGCAACAAUUGGAGGAGGAACAUACAAAGCUCUCGUACCCAGCCAGGCUAUUAAAGACAGCUACCACUUCCGCCACCUUCUAUACCGCUUUGCUGCCCAUGUGACUGCAGGUGAAGAACUUAGCAAACAUGAGGAAGGAUGUUUGAAAAAGCUGGGCAACGACUGCAAUGUUUACUUGCAGAUGAAAGCCCAUGACUGCUCCUACUACCGGCAAGUGCUGGCCACACUCACUGACAUGUUAAAGAGGUCAGGCCUGCCACAGGUGAGUGAAAAAAGCCCUGUAAACAGUCCCAAAGACCACCUCCUCCUCGCUGUGGGUGCCCAGGUAUAUAAGGUUUGCCCAGAUCCCGAUGCCCUCCUGCCCUAUCUUAUCAAGGACAACCCAAUGAUGCCUGUUGUCUAUAACCACCGGAUCAAGGUUGAUGUUGAUACAGCAGAUAGGGAAGAGUGGAUCAGCACAGGUCUCUACCUCUCUCCUGGUAUGAAGACCUACAUGGUCAUACCAACCCAGAUUGUCAACAAGGAUUGGAAGAUUCAGAUAGGAUGUCAAACUGAUUCUCUGCACAAGAAGGAUGUGCUGAAGAGACCAUCAUCUGUCCAUGAGCAAUUUCCUGUCACCUCAGAGAUGAUACAAGUUUGGAACCUUUGGGGGGGACUCAUCUACCUGGUGGCCCCACCCAAAACACAAGUGAAGGGGUUGGAGGUCACAGCACAGAUGGCUGUAUCUGCUCCAUAUUAUAAGUCUGGUGUAACAACUGCAGCUGAAUGGUCGUUGCUGCGCACAGCUCCUUCACCCUGGGCAGAGUUGGAGUUUGAAAACAUCAUCCUCACCGUACCAUCAGAUGCUGUUCGAGGUCUGGAGCGCCCUGACGAGGUGGCUGCUCUGUGGGAUGAAAUCACGAGGGCCGUUGCAGAUCUGGCUGCCAAACCACACAAAUUUCCCCGCAAGGAGCGCUUUGUGAGAGAUGUGCAGAUUUCUCACGAUUUUAUGCAUGCAGGUUAUCCUAUCAUGGUACAUAAAAACUCAGCUGCUGAGUUGGUCGGUGUUAAAAAAGGUAAAGAAAUGUGGGGCCCCAUCCACGAGUUGGGACACAACCAACAGAGAGGCUGCUGGGAGUUCCCACCACACACCACAGAGGGUACAUGCAAUCUGUGGUCAGUGUAUGUGAAUGAAGAGGUGCUGGGCAUCAAGAGGGAGAAGGCUCAUGGAGCUAUGACUGCAGCAAAUCGACAAAGUCGAGCCAAGGAUUACGUCGCAGGAGGCAGGAGCCUUGAGAGCUGGAGCAUGUGGGUGGCUCUGGAAACAUAUAUGCAGCUCCAGGAAAGGUUUGGCUGGGAUGCCUUUAAGAAGGUGUUUGCUGCGUAUCACCACAUGAGUGACUUCCCAGGUGACAACAAAGGAAAGAUGAACCUGUAUGUUGAGACAUUCUCCCAGACUGUGGGGAUGGACCUGACCGGCUUCUUUAAGGCCUGGGGCUGGCCAAUAGAAACAGCCACUGAGGAGAAGCUGUCCCAGCUGCCUCCCUGGAAUGAUCACCCCAUGACCCAGUAUGACUAAACCUCAGACCACUGCAGUGUACAGAGAAAUGGUUUCAGCCAAUAUCUUAAUUUGAAGUGAAUGAUGGGCAACACGGUGAACUGAUUUGGUGGUUGGUCUUCUGUUUUAACAACAUUUAUGAGAGUAUCUGAAUAGAGAAACAGAAAUGAUGUGGUGAGGUUGUAGGUAUUGAAUUUGGUUUUAUUUUCUUUUUUUUUCUGAUGUACCUGUAUGGGGGAAGUACAGUAGGCUUUCACUUACUGUCAGGUAGACUAGACUUUCAAUGAUAUCAAGAGUUGGAUCUUUGCCUUUAUUUUGUACAGGGCUGAAAUCAUAGCAAGGCAUUGCACUACUAUAGCAUAUAACGCAAUAAACUUGCUUUACACUGUGCUCUACUGAAUACGUUCACUGCAACCCUUUCCUUACAGAUAGUAGUCUUUUAUGAGGACACAGGAUUUUUAUAAGGAUACUAAUAUUAUUAGAAAUGUGGAUUUUCUUUAUGUGAAUAAGCAUAAUGUUGAAUCUGUCAUUUGCUCUACUGCUGUAUUUUCAU